AUGGUUGGUGGCCUCUCUCGUAUCCUACCGAUCCGGUCGGCGAAGAAGAAGCAGAAUGGCUGGAAAAUGGAAAACCUUCCAUCGACAUCCCGCCGCUUUGACGAGAUUAUCGCGAAACAAAUGACCGGGACUGUCGAAGACGGGAAUGCGAGUGCAACGCGUGCAACCAGUGCAUCUCUCGACGGCUCCCACGAGACAACGUGUGAGAAGGAAGCUGUUUCCUCAGAGUCGCUGGUUGAUCACAUUGUCGAUGAGAAAGAACCCAUACGCUCACUGAACGCUGAUAAGAAGAGGAUUCAGCCGCCUGGUGGGGGCCUCGAAGCCACGGAAGAAGACGCUGCCGACGAAGCCUCGUUGCAUGUCUGGGGUGCUUAUCAGCGCUGGCGUGUCACAAAGAUUCGUCUUGGCGGGAUACUCCUCAACCAAGAGGUCACCCGUCCAGACUCGAGUCUGACUUUCCCCUUGGUGAAUAGUGUAUACUCCUCCGUUCUUGGCACACCGACGUGA